UAUAAACACAUUGGUGGUUUACUGUUUAGUUGGAGGAUUCUUGUGAGUUACUGUUGAAUAUUCGUAUUAUUUUUACAUCAAGAUUUAAGAUUCAGAUAGAAACUUGCUUGUAAUUUGGUUGCUUAAAGAGAUAGCCGGAACAGAUUGAUGGUGUUUGAUUUGUGUCUGACGCAGCAUCGUCCCUUCCUACGCACUCCAUUCUUCCCCAAAAUCAAAUCCAACAACUGCUACUGAACUUGACCUAAUUGACGUCACAACCACCUUCCAAAUCAACAAACCCUCUUCAAUUCCCAAUUCAUGUAUUCCAUCAACCUUCCUACUCCAUCACCCAUAACCCAUCAUCAUCAUCUCUUGCCGGUAAGCCCAUUAUUCAGAUCUUAACUAUUAUGGUGGAAACCCUAAGUUCAUCGCCCUCAAUCUGGCGAUUCAACCACCGCCGUUGGUUUCCCGCACUCUUCUCGUCCUACAAGACCCUUUUCGCACUCCUCUGGAUCGUCGUUUUCGCAUCCCUUUUCAUCUGGCAACGCAAUUUUGUAGAUGGUAUAUCAAUUUUCCGGCGACCCCUCCCUUUUCGUCCAUUGCCUCGUUUCCGACCCGUCGUCUUUAAUCUUACCGAUUUCGGAGCUGUCGGCGAUGGCGUCACAGUUAACACCUUGGCUUUCGAGAAGGCUGUUUUUACAAUUUCCAAGCUAGGGAAGAAAGGUGGUGGUCAGCUCAAUGUCCCCGCCGGAAGAUGGUUGACAGCACCAUUUAAUUUAACAAGUCAUAUGACGCUUUUUCUUGCUGAAGACUCUGUUAUACUUGGUCUAGAUGACGAAAAGUAUUGGCCUCUGAUGCCCCCUUUGCCUUCUUAUGGCUAUGGUAGAGAGCAUCCUGGAGCCCGAUAUGGAAGUUUGAUCCAUGGUCAAAAUCUGAAAGACGUAGUGAUCACAGGGCAUAACGGCACCAUUGAUGGACAGGGUCAAACAUGGUGGAAAAAAUACCGGCAAAAGCUUCUUAACCAUACAAGAGGUCCCCUCGUGCAGAUCAUGUAUUCAAGUGACAUUCUGAUCUCUAAUAUCACUUUACGUGAUUCACCCUUUUGGACCCUCCAUCCUUAUGAUUGUAAGAACGUCACCAUAAGAAAUCUGACAAUCUUGGCUCCCCUUUUCGAGGCUCCAAAUACAGAUGGUAUAGAUCCUGAUUCAUGUGAAGAUAUGUUAAUAGAAGACUGUUACAUAAGCGUUGGUGAUGAUGCCAUUGCAAUCAAAAGUGGAUGGGAUCAAUAUGGUGUUGCUUAUGGUCGCCCUUCAAAAAAUAUCCUCAUUCGAAACCUUGUUGUUCGAUCAAUGGUCAGCGCUGGAAUAUCAAUAGGCAGUGAGAUGUCAGGUGGGAUAUCAAAUGUGAGAGUGGAGAAUGUUCUUGUGUGGAACUCAAGGCGUGCUGUUAGAAUCAAGACAGCUGCAGGGAGAGGGGGAUACAUUGAAGACAUCAGUUAUAAAAAUCUAACAUUUGAGAAUGUAAGGGUUGGGAUAAUUAUUAAAACGGAUUACAAUGAGCACCCAGACAUGGGUUUUGACCCGAAGGCGUUUCCGGUGAUCAGGGGAAUCAGCUAUUCCUCCAUCCAUGGUGAGGGAGUGCGUGUUCCUGUUAGGAUACAUGGGAGUGCAGAUAUUCCAAUUAGGAAUGUAACUUUCAGGGAUAUGUCAGUAGGGACUACAUACAAGAAGAAGCAUAUUUUUCAGUGUGCUUAUGUGUCUGGACGUGUGAUAGGGACAAUCUUUCCAAAACCAUGUGAGAAUCUUGAUCUUUAUGAUGAACAAGGAACACUUGUCAAGAAGUCUGUAUCUGAGAAUGCUUCAGACAUAGAUUAUGAUAUCUGACCAUGGUGUCCUUCACGUUUCAGGGCCUUUCUGUUUUUUUUUUUUUUAUAGUAGGAAAUGUUGAUAUAGAAGAAGGUUUGGUAAUUUGAUAUCGUGCUUUCCUUGGUUUUUAUUUGCAAUACCUGUUUAUAUAAAGGAAUGUUAUACAAAACGCCAAAAGAGGCCCUUUUUUUUUGGUA